AUUAAAGCCCAAGCACUGGUCAGUUAUCAAGAUGUCAUCGUCCUUUUUUCUCAAAGCAGGCUCCAAGGCCAACAAAAAAACGAAGACUCCCGCAGCAACAAAAGGUAAAGGCGUCAAAACAGCAGCGAAAUCGGGGAAAUCGGGUUUCCAGAAUGCCCGUGCAGAAGGGCCAGUGCCGAAGAAGCAACGCCGUCCCAAGGAAAAGGAUGAGGAAAUUGAAAGUGAUGAUGAGGAGUACAACAGUGACCUGGGAGACGGAGGCCACAACACUUUAGCUUUCUCUUCCGACGAGGGCGAGGAGGAGACUGCACAAGACAAACGUCUGCGUCUGGCCAAGCAGUAUCUAUCGGAGAUUGAGAAGCAGGAGUCGGAGCGUGCCGAAGAUCGGGAGCUGGGCCAGAGUGUUGAGCAGCGCCUACAGACUGACUACUUGGAUAGCGUGGGUAAACUGCGACGGAACAUUGCCGGCAACCUGAAAACCAAUGAAGUGACAAGUGUUCUCAAACACAAGCUCCACCACAUGCCAAUCUGUGCACUGGCUCUCAGUCCAGACGGCAAAUUCCUCUAUGCGGGAGCCAAGUCUCAGUUCGUCCUGAAAUGGUCCACGCAGAAUGGAAAGGUCUUGGACAAAUGCGAUGUUUUGCCACACCGAGAAGAGCCCGAAACUGGCAAGAAAAGACGCUCCCAUGUCAUAGCCAUCUGCCUGUCCACGGACAUGAAGUACAUGGCUCUGGCCGAGGGCGGUCCUCAUAUACAAAUCUGGUGCCCACAAACGAUGAAGCAUGUAAAGACACUGAAGGGUCACAGAGAUAGCGUUGCAGGCCUGGUCUUUCGAAAAGGAACGCACGACUUGUACUCCGCAGCUAAGGAUCGUUCUGUGAAGAUUUGGUCGCUGGACGAGAUGGCCUAUGUGGAGAGUUUAUUUGGUCAUCAAACAGGAGUCACCAGCAUAGAUGCCCUGAGUCGAGAGCGAGCCAUUACCGCAGGCGGUUCAGAUUGUUCCUUGCGCAUUUGGAAGAUUACAGAAGAAUCGCAGCUGAUCUAUAAUGGACACAGGGACAGCAUUGAGUGUGUCAAGUUAAUGAACGAUGAACACUUUGUGUCAGGUGGUGUGGAUGGUGCUAUCAGUUUGUGGAGCGCCCUAAAGAAGAAACCCAUUUGCACCACACAGCUGGCCCAUGGUGUGGGAGAAAACGGCGUCGCCAACUGGAUAACAGCCAUUGCUGUGGUGGUCAAUACGGAUUUAGUGGCAACAGGCUCCUGUGAUGGCUUUGUGAAACUCUGGCAAACGAAUCCAAAUGCCCGCAAGUUGCAACAGAUUCAAAGCAUACCCAUAACUGGCUUCAUUAAUGGCCUUACCUUUAAUGCCGAUGGCACUAAACUUUAUGUGGGCGUCGGGCAGGAGCAUCGACUGGGUCGCUGGUGGCGACACAAAGAGGCCAAGAAUAAUGUAGUUGUAGUUGAUAUAGUGUUACAAAAUGCGACCGGCAAGUAGGUUAACUUCUAUGUUUAAGUAAAGUUGUAUAGAGAAAUAUGGAUAGAAUUCCUAACUUUUUAUCAGGCUUUUUCCAUCAUUUAUUAAAACGAAUUAAAAUCCUGA